GGCGGGCGCGGGGUCGCGGCAGCCCAGCACUGAGACCCUGGACAGCCCGACUGGAUCCCAUGUGGAAUGGUGUAAACAGCUGAUAGCUGCAACCAUUUCAAGUCAGAUUUCAGGGUCUGUCCCAUCAGAGAGUGUGUCCAGAGACUACAAGGUGUACAGGAGGCCAGUUAUACGGCAGGAGAUACAGGAUGGACACAAUGGCUAUCAUUCUGAAGCAGAACCUGAUCAGGCACUGCGGGAUGGAAACAAACUGGCACAGAUGGAAGAGGCUCCACUUUUUCCUGGAGAAUCAAUCAAAGUUAUCGCUAAGGAUGUUAUGUAUAUCUGUCCAUUUAUGGGAGCAGUCAGUGGUACGCUCACAGUGACGGACUUCAGAAUGUUUAUCAAAAGUGUUGAGAGGGAUCCACCUUUUGUUGUUGAUGUUCCCCUUGGAGUUAUAAGUAGGGUUGAAAAAAUUGGAGUACAGAGCCAUGGAGACAAUUCAUAUGGUAUAGAAAUAGUUUGCAAGGAUAUGAGAAAUUUGCGGCUGGCCUAUAAACAGGAAGAGCAGAACAGACUGGAGAUCUUUGAAAACCUUGUAACAUGUGCAUUUCCUGUCUCUAAUGGGCUGCCUCUUUUUGCGUUCAGCUAUAAAGAAAAGUUUGCUGUUAAUGGCUGGAAAGUGUAUGAUCCAAUGGCAGAAUAUAAGAGGCAGGGCUUGCCCAAUGAGAGUUGGAAAAUAUCCAAAAUUAACAGCACCUAUGAGCUUUGUGAUACAUAUCCUGCUGUUCUUGUUGUGCCAACCAGUGUAAAGGACGAUGACCUCUCGAAAGUGGCAGCAUUUAGAGCAAAAGGGAGAGUUCCUGUGUUAUCCUGGAUUCAUCCCGAGAGUCAAGCAACAAUAACACGAUGCAGCCAGCCAUCAGUUGGCCCAAAUGAUAAGCGUUGCAAGGAAGAUGAAAAAUAUUUGCAGACAAUUAUGGAUGCCAAUGCUCAGUCACAUAAACUUAUCAUCUUUGAUGCCAGGCAGAAUAGUGUUGCAGACACAAACAAGGCUAAAGGUGGAGGAUAUGAAAGUGAAAGUGCCUACCCAAAUGCAGAGCUGGUCUUUCUGGAGAUUCAUAAUAUACAUGUCAUGAGAGAAUCCCUGCGGAAACUUAAAGAAAUUGUUUAUCCUACUAUUGAUGAGACUCGGUGGCUGUCAAAUGUGGACUCCACACACUGGCUGGAAUAUAUAAGGAUGCUUCUUGCUGGAGCAGUAAGAAUUGCAGAUAAAAUUGAAUCUGGUAAAACCUCUGUAGUGGUGCACUGCAGUGAUGGCUGGGAUCGAACUGCACAACUCACUGCACUGGCCAUGCUUAUGCUGGACAGCUAUUACAGAACCAUCAAGGGCUUUGAAGUUCUUGUAGAGAAAGAAUGGAUAAGUUUUGGACAUCGAUUUGCAAUGCGAGUGGGACAUGGAGACGAUGAUCAUGCUGAUGCUGACAGAUCGCCCAUCUUCCUGCAGUUUAUUGACUGUGUUUGGCAAAUGACAAAGCAGUUUCCUGCAGCCUUUGAAUUCAACGAGUUAUUUUUGAUCACCAUUCUGGAUCACCUUUAUAGUUGUCUCUUUGGGACUUUCUUAUGCAACUGUGAAAAAGAGAGAUUAAAAGAGGAGGUGAGCACAAAGACUGUAUCUCUGUGGUCCUAUAUAAACAGCCAGUUAGAGGAAUUCACAAAUCCCUUCUAUGUAAAUUAUGAAAACCAUGUCCUGUAUCCUGUUGCCAGUGUGAACCAUUUGGAACUGUGGGUGAACUACUACAUCAGAUGGAACCCGAGGAUGCGACCUCAGGUUCCAAUCCACCAAAAUCUUAAAGAACUCCUGGCCAUCCGGAUGGAGCUUCAGAAGAAGGUUGAGGAUUUGCAGCGAGAAGCUGCCACACGUUCCAUUUCCUCCUCCUCUGACAGAGGUUCAUCUCCUUCCCAUUCCGCCACACCUGUGCACACCUCUGUGUGAUGUGGA